AUGGUCUCCUGUGACCUCGAGUCCUAUGACCGCUAUGACUUUGCUGCCUAUGGCCCGGAUGUACAUAGUCCUGGCUUUCGUCCCGUAGGUACACAGCUGGGCAUCUUCGGCUUCAGCUAUGAUGAGCUGCGAGACUCCGAGUGGGUGCGGGAGGACACUCUUACUGUGAAGCUUGUACUUGAAGUUCGCCCUGAGGGAGAUGCACGAUCGGAGCCCUUGAGAUCAGCCGUGGACGUUCCCGGAUCGACUCUGAGCCAAGCAAUGCUGGCGCUCUUGGAGGAAGGGAGGUGCAGCGACGUGCGCUUCAUGGUGCAAGACGAAGUGCUCCAGGCGCAUUCCCCAAUCCUGUGCGCGCGAUCCGAGGUGUUCAGUAAGCAGCUGACCGCGGGGAUGCAGGAAAGCGUUUCGAAAGUCAUCGUGAUCGAGGACUGUGAUGUGAGUACCUUCAAAACCUUCCUGCAGUUCCUCUACACCGACUGUCUCCCAGACGUCGAGGAGCUCGUGCCGCAGACAUCGACCGAGAGCGAGGAUGAGGGCAGUCCACGGCUGUUGCGGAUGCAAGCGCUGUUGGCCGUGAGCCAUAAGUAUGAAGUGAAACGACUACAGGUCUGGUGUGAAGCGAAGAUUUCCGAGGAGAUCAGUGAACCAGAAGUCUGCAGCAUCCUUUGCCAAGCACAUCUCCUCCAGGCCAAGCAGCUUGAAAAGGCUUGUCUGUCAUUCAUCAAAGACCAUGCAGGCCAAGUGCUCACGAUGCCGGGCUAUGCUGAGUUGGUCAAAACAUGGCCUCAAGUCGCGCUGAAGGUCAGCCUCUUUGCGGCAGGUGUGUCGGAAGCGGAUGCACUGGCUGUCUUCGACGCUUUGGACACUCCGCCGACGAGAAACCUUGAGCCCGAAACCCUAUAG